AUGGCAAACCCGACCAAAGGGCGCUCUGGAGGUGUCCUGACCGUGAACGCGGCCACCAGAAAGAAUGCAGCUCCACAGUCCGGGUCCGGCUCUACACCAAGGGCUCCUACCCCGAGGCUGAGACUCGUCAUCCGAAGACUGCCACCUGGACUGACCGAAGCUGAGUUCUGGGCGGCGCUAGGUGACGAGUGGAAGGUCGGGGCUGGGAAGACGGAGUGGGCAGCUUUCAAAAACGGAAAGAUUUCCAAAGAUGUCGCCAAACCGUCUCGGCCAUCGAGGGCGUAUGUCAAAGUCAAGGAACAGUCAUUACUGGAUGUCCUCGCCACUGCCAUCAAGGAUGCGUCGUUUCAGGAUGCCAAAAAUACCAGCAAGGACCCAUGUCUAUUGGGACCUCCCUCUCUAGAGUUUGCGCCAUACAAUAAAACACCAAGUGGCCGAACCCGCCAUGAUGGGAGACAGGGCACGAUUGACCAAGACCAAGAAUUCAUCGAUUUCUUGCAGAGCCUGACCGAGCCCAUCACGAAGGCUGCUUCGAAUGGAGUGGACUCCGGCGAAGGCAAAUCCGAAAAGGUCUCUACGACGCCGUUGGUCCAGUAUAUCAAGGAGAAGAAGGCCAACAAGGCCAAGGAAUCUUCCCAGGCCAAAGCCGCGAAGGCCCGCGAAAGUAAAGAAGCAAAGACCUCGAAAUCGGAGACUCGUCCCACUGUUGUCGUCAAGGGUAAGAAUUCCUCGGUUGCGGAGAAGGACAAGGACAAAGAGAAAGAGCGAGUAGCCAAAGCCACCCAAGAUGCGGUCAAGGCCAUCAGCAAGUCCGUGGCUGCAAUGCCUGGGAAACAGAACCCAGCGAAAGCCGAGGCCAAACCAUCGACAAAGGAGCCGACGUCUCAACCGGCACCGGCACCAGCUAGAAAAGAACGGGAGCGAGGCAAUGCAAGUGCUGCUGCUCGUAUGCUCCAGCGUGAUUUGGGCUUGGUAGCCAAAGAAAGCAAAUCUCAGCGAACCUCUAAAGCGUCGAGUUCGACUCCUAGUAAUACUGCAGAGACUGCGACCGGGUCGUCCACGAAAGCAGCGGCUACUAGUGCUCCAUCAUCCAAGAGCGCGGAUACUCCUGCAGCGCAGCAGAAACAGGCGACCUCAACACCUUCUACUCCAACCACGACAGCUCCGCCCACUGGUCCACGGGCAUCCCGCCCUGCCAGCACUGCAUCUGCAUCAGGCAAAGCUUCGACGACAGCAUCUCAACGGUCUUCCAAGACCGGCCCCCAACCAUCGUCAGGAGCCAAAUCUGCAUUCCUCAAACACGCCAACCCCUCGCAGGGGAUCACUGAAGACGUCUUGCGAAGCGUUUUCCAGCAAUUCGGGACCAUCACUCGAUGCGAAAUCGACAAGAAGAAAGGUCUGGGCUACAUUGAUUUCAGCGAAGCGGAUGCCCUCAAAAAAGCAAUGGCUGCCAGCCCCGUCAAAGUGGCCGACGGUCAGGUCGUCGUAUUGGAGAACAAACCCCAACAUGGAAAGCGAGGAGGCCAGGGAGCACAGAACCAAGGGUCCUCCGGGACCACCAAGGCUGCAGCCGGUACGGCCGCUCAAACACAGGCACAGGCUCAGGCACAGGCACAGGCACCGGCCAAAACGAGUUCGCCAAAAGUCGCUACAGCAUCGACAGCCACCGCUCCCAACCCACCGUCGACGCAAACAUCAACAACGCCAGCGACGACGGCAGGAAGCACACCGCCGACGGCGACGCGAGGAACUACUCGAGGAGGAGGUGGUGCAGGUGCAGGUGGAGGACGGGGCGGACGAGGCAGCAAUGCCCGAGGCUCGGGGUCGGGAUCGGGGACGGGAUCGAAACAGGGACAAGGGCAACGCGGCGGAAAAGGCGGCGGGAGACGUGGCGGGGGCGGUGGCGGUGGCGGUGGUCCAACCUCAACUUCGGACUCGACAACCACUGCUGCUACUGCUGGUGGCGGUGGUGGUGGUGGAAGUGGUGGAAGUGCAAAUGCAAAUGCAAAUGCCAAAGCCAAAGCCAAAGCCUCGGAAAAGGCGGAAGCGAAGAAAGAGUGA